CUUUAGGCAUUAAUUAGCAGCAUUCUCUUGUGUCGCUUUUUACGUCAGAAAAAGUAAAAAAAAGAAAGAAAAUGUUUCCCUGGGUUCCUCAUUUUAAGAAAAUCAACUCCACCUUUCAUUAGCCACGAACUCACGUUCUCUUUUCUCUCCGUUUUUCAGUUACCAACCGUUUGUCUUUCUAUCUUCCUUUGUUUUUUCCUUUGGAAGCUUCACAGAUCUGAUUUACUUCGUAAAAGAACAAAACUCCAUGAUAUUCAUUGAUUUACGAGUUUUUCACCUGUUUGGCUAGAGCUUUCAACUGAUGUUUGGAUCGGAAAUGGAGAUGAGAAUGAAGAAAUACAGCCAGGUGAGUCCUGAAAGAGCUAAAGUUUGGACCGAGAAAUCCCCCAAGUAUCGUCAGCAUAACCGGAGAGUUCCGGUUGUUUAUUAUCUCUGUAGAAAUCGCCAGCUUGAACAUCCUCAUUUCAUCGAAGUCCCUCUCUCUUCUCCUGAUGGUCUCUAUUUGAGAGAUGUAAUUGAGCGGCUUAAUAUUCUUAGAGGCAGAGGAGUGGCUUCCUCGUAUUCUUGGUCUUGCAAGAGAAGCUAUAGGAAUGGAUUUGUUUGGCAUGAUCUUUCUGAAGAUGAUUUAAUUCCUCCCGCCCAUGGAAAUGAAUACGUUCUCAAAGGCUCCGAAUUAUUUGAAGAAUCCUCUCCAGAUCGUUUUAGUCCUGUUGGGACUAGCAUUAGAUUUCAAAAUCUGAAGCAGUUACCUGAACCACCAUCUUCCUCUAGAAGUCAAGAUGAUUCUUCUCAGUCUUCCAGUUUGAAUGGAAAUAGAACAAAGCAUUCUCAGGAUGAUGAACUCUCUUCUCCAGGUAAUCGUCCGACUCCUGGCUCCUCUGGUGAGUCACCGGAGUCACUUAGUUUGACAGAGUAUAAGGUUUAUAACGGUGAAGGGUUGGCAGAUGCUUCGACACAGACCGAAGAAAACACAAGCCGACUGAAGACACGGGAAACUUGUACAAGGGGCGUUUCAACUGAUGAUGGGUCAUUAGAACCGGAAUGCAAUGCUAAUUUCCAAAAUCAGGUCCCUAAUGUGAAAGAUUGUUCUGAGAUAUGCAGGAAUUCAGGUUCUCCUCCGUCCACGUCUAGUGCAUCAUCUUCAGGAGGGAAAACUGAAACGUUGGAAUCUCUGAUUCGCGCUGAUGCAAGUAAAAUCAACAGUUUUAGGAUUCUUGAAGAGGAAGAAAUUCGAACACCAACCAAUCCGAGGCUCAAGGCAACGAACAUGUUGAUGCAAUUGAUCUCAUGUGGAUCAAUAUCUGUGAAAGGCCAUAGUUUUGGCCUUGUUCCAUCCUAUAAGCCUAGGUUUUCACAUUCAAAGAAUUCAUUGCCAUUGUUCUCUACUUCAAUCAUGCUGGGUGAGCUUAAUUGCUUAUCAGAGAAUCCAAAACUGCUUGGCCUGAGAUUGGAAGACAAAGAAUGUUUCAGUGGUAGCUUGAUUGAGACAAAAAUGCUCAAAGAAAGACAUGGACAUACCACUCUGAAACGUUCUUCUUCUUGCAGUGCUGAUAGGACUUGUAAGGAGCUGGCUUCAACUGAAGAGAAAGAAGAGUUGAAUUCAGGACGUACAAAAUGCAUCCUCCGCUCUGUUAAGGCUUCACUAAGCAAACAACCAAGAAGUGAGUCUAUGAGAUCCCCUGUUUCUGAAAACCCAAGAAGCUCCUCUGAUGGGAUCAAUAACUUGGGCUCUGUAUUGAGUAGCAUAUCCAAUGGUGAUAGUAGAAGAACCACAGAGUCCAUUUGUAGUAAAAAGCAAUCAAAAACAUUGGAUUCAUUAAGAGAAGACGAGAAGUUGAUCAAAAUUGAAGAAAGUUGAGUGCUUGCUUCAGGAGCUCGGGUUAUAAUCCAAUCCAAGGCACCUUGUGAUACCAUUGUGAGUUGCUCCUAGUUCUAGGGAAGCAUGUUAAAGGUAAGCUCAGGCAAAUGGAUACCUUCUCGGAUUCUUUUGGGAAAGUUUGUUCAAUGUACAACUUCUUGUUUUUCAAAUCUGGUUUGAAUUUCAAAUGAAUGUUUGGAUCUGCUGGCGGGUCCAAUGUGAUGAUUAUGUAAAUCUGGAAAGCUAAAAAGGGGAACAAAAAGAGAAAGAUAGAUAUCACAUUCACUCCUCCAGAUGCUUGGAGUUGAGUAUUUUUGGUUUCAGCUUUCUUAUACAUUGACAUUCUGCUUUUCAUGUAAACUACAGUUGCAAUAUCAUCCUUUUUUGCUUUCUUUUUUA